UGAAGCAGACGGUCGGCGCUAUGCAGACUUAUAUUACUGAUAACACGAGCAAAUCAGACACUGUUGUGGCGUUUAAUGCUCACACGAUUGUGGACAAGUCACUUGCUACGGGCCAGGUCCUCGUGUUCAGCAAUCCGCUGUUCAACAUCGGCGAGGCGUACGACAGUGGGGCAGGGAUCUUCACGGCACCCGUCUCCGGAAUCUACUUCUUCUCAGCACAUUUCUGUCUUUAUAACACUAGACACUGGUACUACGCUUUCAUGAAAGAGAACGACGUUGUUGUUGUAAAGGAUCUGAAGUAUGUCGGUGAAACAUCCGUUUGCGAGACGGCGAGCGCUGUUGUUCUCCUGCUGCAGAACGAGAGACUGUGGAUUGAGUGUCGAUCAGGAAGUACGGACGACCAGUUCCUCAGUGCUUCUAAGCAAAGAAGUUCCUUCUCUGGGGCCUUGCUUCACAGGGUUAAUGGAUACCCAUAGGGAGUAGGGACUGCACAUGCAGGGAGGGUGGAUUACGUAAAGGAAAACGAACAGUAUCAUAUGUUGAAGUGUGGUAGCAAGGCUCUGAUCAUUUGGUAGUACAUACCUACUAACGUUUACCUGUGACUAAGUGUAAUGUACAGUUAACAUAUGUGUGUUUAGAUAUCUGUAUUCAAUACAGACACUCAAACUUUGUAUUCAUUUAUUUUAAUCGCAUACAAGUGUAAAAUUAAAAGUAAUAAUGCAUAGUUUCUUUAUGAUCUCAAAGAUAUAGUGACAACAUAAUGUUUUAUGUGUCGGUGACAUACUGUUUGAAACGAAAAGCAAAGAUAACACAAAACAAAACUAAUCACAUAACGAAAGCUAAUCAUGAAUGGUCACGGAUGUUUAAAUAAACUAAGAAAUAUGUUGAAUCGCACAUUUAGCCAUUGUAAUAGCCCAAACUAUGGGUAAAUUGUACAACUUCUCAGACUUUUCCGGUGCUAAUACAUUAAACAGUUGGUUUAAACAAUCAAGCAGCACAUAUAGUCCAGAUAAUAUAAACCAUCCGGUUAUGUUGCAAGCAGAAAUAGACUUACUGGCGCUCGAAAUAAAGGAAAUUUAUUAGUAGUAGUAGUAGUAGUAGUAGUAGUAGUAGUAGUAGUAGUGGUGGUGGUGGAAGUGGUAUUAAUAUUGGAAGUGGUGGUGGUCGUGGUGGUGGUGGUGAUGAUUGUGGUGUCAGCGGCAGCAGCGGCGGCAGCAACAGCAGCAGCAGCAGCAGAGUUGUCUUUUAAUAAAACUCUCGUCAGGAAUUGCUUUUUGGAGGCUGAGUUGUCAAUAAAACUCGUUUAAUUAAUUGU